AUGUGCAUCAGUGAGGACCUGGCCGGGCUGCAGAGCCGCCUGCGGAAGAUGAAGGAGCUGUCCCAGCUUUCCCAGCUGCCACCCAUCCCCUCCGGGACCAGCACCGACCUGCGGAACCGCCUGGAGCGGGUUCGGCAACUGGAGCUGCGGAUCCGUGAGAAAAAAGCAGGAACUGGAGCCCCGGAGGGAGCACGAACAUCGGGGGCCAGGGGGGCUGCAGCUCCUGCAGCAGAGGCCGGUGAGAAGACCCCUGCGUACCAGCGGUUCCACACCCUUGCCCAGGACGUGGCCCCAGGGCUCACCCUGCCCUACAAGUUCAAGGUGCUGGCAGAGAUGUUCCGCAGCGUGGACACCAUCGCUGGGAUGCUCUUCAACCGCGCCGAGACCAUCACCUUCGCCAAGGUCAAGCAGGGGGUGCAGGACAUGAUGCGCAGGCAGUUUGAGGAGCGGCACGUGGGGCAGAUCAAGGCGGUCUAUCCCGCUGCGUACAGGCUGCGCCAGGAGAGGAACAUCCCCACCUUUGGCAACGGCAGGAAGAAGUCUGACUACCAGCUCACACUGGAGCCAGUGCUGGGGGAAGAGGAGAAAGCGGACGGCCGCCCGCACCUGUCAGCGUCCCGCUUGCUGCAGCGCAGGAAGGAGUUCCACCGCAACCUGGUGAACAUCGUCAAGCAGCACCACNNNGCAUUCCUGGCUCCUCUCAGCCCUCCCAUGGUGGUCCCAGAGGAGAAGCUGACCCGCUGGCAUCCCCGCUUCAAAGUGGACGAGGUGCCGGACAUCAGCCCGGCGGAGCUGCCGCGGCCGCCCCAGGAGGAGAGGCUGAGCACAGCCCAGGAGGUGCUGAAUACAGCCCGGGGGAUGAUGCCUCCCAAGAUGGAAAAAGCUCUUGCCAACCUGGCCUCAAGAACCGCUGAAGCCGGUGCGGGGGAACCAGCAGUUUCCAAAGCACCGUCCCCUGCCAGCACCUCCAGUGCUCUGAAGGGGGUGUCCCAGCCGCCCAUGGCCCGCGUCCGGCGCAACGUCUUCGUGGCUGAGAAGAAGCCAGCCCUGACCAUGGAGGUGGCUUGUGCACGCAUGGCUGAGAGCUACAACGCACAGAUGCCUCCCGGGGAGAUGGAGAAACACCUGCGCCUCUUCGCAGAGCUGCUGCCCGACUGGGUGGGGAUCCACGUCACCAGCACAGACACCUACAUCAAGCUGGACAAGGGGAAGGACCUCGGCCUCAUCGCCGAGAGGCUGGCCAAGGCCGUGAAGGAGGCAGAAGCCCUCUGA